AUGGAAUGGGAUGGGCACAAAGCGAGGAUGAGGCUGGGUCCGGGGGAGGUGAAGCUGGGGGAGGGGGAGUGGCGGGAGGGGGACCUGGGGGAGGCGGGGGAACCAAGGGAACUGGGGGGACUGGGAGCAGUGGUGGAGGCGCAGUCCGGCUUCCCCCAGGUGCUAAUCGCUCCUCCAAGGACACUCCGAUCGGGGGAGGGGGCGGAGGAGUCAUGGGCGGAGGCCCAGGCGGAAGGGGAGGAACUGCGGCAAGGGGAGCACUCUCAAAGUGGGAUGGGCGGAAGUUGCUCCCCCCAUAGGCGGGAAGGCUGGAGAGGGGAGAAGGAGGCGGAAGGGGAGGCGGAAGGGGGGUUUCCGGAGGGGGGCCUGGGGGGAGCGGAGGAAGCGGAGAGAACGCGGCUUCUUCAUUGGUUAGAGGGGGAGGCGGAGGAAGCGGAUUGCCUUUGCCCGGAGAACCGUCCAGACAUUCUGAACGGUUAG